CUAUGCGCAAGUGUAACACGCGGGUAUUCACUUGUCAUAUGCCAGUUUUUGGAUUCCUACGCCUCGUUAUGGACCUGGUAGUGCUAUCAAGUCCUGUUCAAUUCCAACCAUUCCAUCUGCAACUCCAAGCAGUCAAUCUUGAGCUCUUGAAUGUCCCCAAAUGCAUUGAUCCGUGGUUUUCUCAGCAUCCGGCACGCCGAGUGACUCUUCGGCGACAGCGGGGCUUGACGUAGGCCGCCACAGCGGUGCCCCCACCGCCAUCCCAGCCGUCGCGGGGGAUUUGUGGCGCUAGCUCACCUCAAAAAGAUGCCUGCUACUUCCGUCCUUUUAUCUCGUCAUCACUCCGCCGUGGCCAACACUACAUCUCUUCCGCGUCACACCACACCCAAACGUCUGCCACCGCUAGGGAACCACCGAGAACCGACGGUGCAGUAUCAGACAUGUCGCUGGCGCAACUAUCUCGUCUUCUCCCCCUCCCCGAGGAGGAGUUGAAACAGGUGCUCGACUACGCAACCACCCUCUCAAAGACCGAAGCCGCGGAGCACUUCAACAACCUGUUGGGCGACUCACCCCAGGCCGUUGAGUUUAUUUCCUCUUUUAAUUCGCGAAGGCAGGACACGAAGCCUACGGCGCCGGCCCCGGAACCAUCGUCAAACAACUCGAGCGCUCAGGCUCCGGCACCCAAGGCAUCGCGCGGCCCGAAAAAGAAGAAGCAGUCGAACCUACACACCCCGGCCGCGAGACAGGUCGACGCCGCACCUCCGCCGGGGGCCAGCUACAGCAAGAAGGACCGGGAGGAAGAAUACUAUGGCGGCAGAAAACCCGUUCAGGCUGCGGAGAGCAGCGCGAGCACAUCGGCCAACUUCAAACAAUCGCUCAAAAGCGCAAACCCGCCCCCACAGCAGCAAAGGACGGCCGCCGGCUACCUGAUAUCCGACAAGGCCAAGCCCAAGUCGAACCCCGUCUCGCGAUCGUCGACGCCGAAGCCGACGGCCAAGCCCACAAAGGUGUCGAUUGCUGGCGGUACGCCUAUGGCAGGCGCAUCAACGGCCCUGAACGACCUGGACGCGGCGAUUCGCUCAUUGGAGCUGACGACAAACCCCACCAUGGGCGACGAUCCUAAGGCGAGGAGGUGCAACUGCGUGGCCACGCGGCACCCGCUCCAGACGGCGGCACCGAACUGUCAGUCCUGUGGCAAGGUCAUCUGCGUCAAGGAGGGCCUGGGACCGUGCACUUUCUGCGGCACUCCUCUCCUAUCAUCGGAGGAUGUCCAGGGAAUGAUCAGGGAACUCAAGUCGGAGAGAGGACGCGAGCGCAUGGCGGCGGACCGCGAGGCUCACAAACGCGCCGAGGUCAGCAAGAAGCCGGCGCCGUUCAGCCAGAACAACAACAGCAACAUGUCCGAGGCCGAGAGCAAAGCGCGGGAGCAUCGCGACAAGCUGCUGAACUUCCAGGCGCAGAACGCCAGACGAACGACGGUGCGGGACGAAGCGGCGGACUUCGACGUCAGCGGGGCCAUGGCGGGCAGCGGGGGCAACAUCUGGUCGACGCCGGAGGAUAGGGCCAGGGAGCUUAAAAGGCAGCAGAAGAUUCUCCGCGAGAUUGAGUGGAACGCGCGGCCCGAGUACGAGAAGCGGCGGCAGGUGGUUAGCAUCGACGUAGUAGGCGGGAAGGUAGUCCGGAAGAUGGCGGCCGUGGAGCGACCGACAACGCCGGAAGGAGAGGACGUCGUGGUCCACGAGGACGUCGACGAGAACGAUUACGUCGGCAGUCGGAAGCAGGGCGGAAGUAAUGGCGGCGGUGGCGGCGCGUUUAGUCACAACCCAUUACUGGGCGGAUUGAUCAAGCCAGUAUGGGACGCCAAGGGCAAGGACAAGGCAGCGCAGCUCGAGGGUCGUAAGGACAGGAAGACGCAGUGGAGGAGAGUACAGGAUGACUUCAAGGACAACGAAGCGGUGAUUCUGGACGGCGGUGCGCACGGGCACUCGACCACAGCGGACGAGCCAGAUUGUGGAUGAGUCGGCGGUCGGCGGAACGAUGGCUCAGGAGUGUGGGCAUGAUGCUGUUGCUGGAAUGCCUGAUGGAUGAGACAGACACUGUCACUGAGACUACACCAGCAUGCCAACGACGAGGGCGUGUAGAUGGAUACCCAAAGAACAAGGCAUUGUGUUAGACGGAGGUGCAUUCUAGAGGCGCAUAGACGACAUGGCAUGGCUGGACGAGGACAACAAUUCGAGGAUUGCGUAACGACCUGAAUGAGACAUGGCUUUUCUAUCGCG